AUGAUUCCAAAGUCAAUUGCAGUUAUAGGGGCUGGUCCCUCGGGCGCUGCUAUGGCCAAGGCUCUACUUAGAGAAAGGUGCUUCAGAAUCAAGGUGUUUGUGAGGAGAUCCCAGUUCGGGGGUCUUUGGAACUACCGUGGUGAAACCGAUAUUGUACCAACUCCCAGUGAAAAACCAUAUUUUGUGAAACCAAUUUUGGACAACGAUAACAUUAUAUGGCCCACUCCCGCAUACGAACACUUGGAUACAAACGUCCCCAAAGAUGUGAUGACUUAUGGAAGUUUACAAUUUCCAGAUUCUCUUCCCAUCUUUCCGCAUCGAUCUGAUGUCAACGAAUAUAUGCAAAAAUACGCCGAAGAAAUACGGCUGGUGACUCAAUUGGAAACAAUAGUGGUGCUGGUGACAAGAAGUAUCGAUAAAUGGAAAGUGGUAUCUCGUUUGGUUUGUCAAGAGACUUUGGGAGGCCAAGUUGAAGGUGAGAAGGUGAGAGAUGAGGUUGAGUAUUUUGACGCAAUUGCAAUAGCUGUGGGCAACUAUGAUGUUCCAUACCUUCCUACAAAGCCAGGCAUGGACGAGUGGAACUCUCGUUUCCCUUACUCUAUCAGUCAUGUCAAGACAUUCAAAUCAUGUGCUCAAUUUGCCAAGGUUGAAGGAAAUAUUGUCGUUGUGGGGAACUCAGCAUCUGCUGCAGAUAUCUGCUACCAGCUAGCUGAGGGCUUGCAGAAGAACAUUUACAAGUCAAGGCGGUCCGAUAACCCACUGCCAGUCAGUCCAAGUACAAAAAUUAUUGAAAACCCCGACAUCCACCAUUUUGAUUCGUUUUCAAAAACUGUGGUUUUUGUGGAUGGAACCAAAACUGAAAACGUUGAUAACAUCAUAUUUGCUACAGGCUACCUCAAAUCGUUUCCUUUCUUGAAAGAAUUUGACCAGUCUUCUACACCAUUGAUCACCGAUGGACAGAUGGUACAUGGAACAUACCAACACAUUAUCUUGUAUAACUUUCCCAACUUGGCGGUUUUGGGACUUCCCAAGUUUGUACUUCCAGCAAGAACAUCCGAGUCACAAGCAUGUUGGCUUGCCAAAGUAUGGUCUGGGAAAUUGCAAAUUCCGUCUAGAGAGAAAAUGGCAGAAUGGGAACAGCAAAGACUUGAACUUAAAGGUCCAGGAAAAGAAUUUCACGAUUUGAAAUUCCCAGAAGAUGUAAAGUAUUGCAAUAGUCUCAAUGCUCAGGUGCUACAAAAUAUAGAGUCUACAGGCAUUGGACUCAAACCAAUGGUUUGGGACAAGCACCAGACAAGAGUGCGAGCAUCUAUGAAACGUAUAAAGGAAGCAUAUGUCAAGUAUAGAACAUCCACAGGAAAACUAGCCGCCAACUACGAAGAAUUGGAAGCGGUGUACCCUGGGUGCCUAGUCAAUGACAAAGUGCUCGAGGACCAUGGAUUUCACUUUGAUUGA